CGCCGUGGUCGAGGCGAAUCAAUCUCAUGAUAAAGUCCUGCUCCGCGGCAGACGCCGGGCUGGCUGGCCGUCAGCCGUGGUUCUUUUCUUUUAUAGACUGGUCUGGCUGCUACCUUCCCCUCAUUCUACUCUCCUCCUCCUCUACUCCUCCUCUCCCCUUCACUUUUACAGAGUAAGAGACCUCGUGGCAGUCAACUUUUAUCAUGCGGUCCUCUACCCAGCAGUCCAGUUUCAUGCUUGUCUUGCUGGCCAUGCCGUUGGCCCUGCCAGUAUCAGCAGAGAGAAUCCUCGGGGCUUAUAUCUUCGCUCGCCAUGGAGAUCGUACCGCUAAGGUGUUGAAGAACACGCAGCUGACCGAUCUGGGCUACAGCGAAGUCUAUCAGACAGGCAGCUACUGGCGCAGCCGGUACCUUGACUCGAACUCGUCUCUUCAGAUCCAAGGGAUCAACGAGAAUAUCGUCAAGUUGAGCCAGAUCAGUGUCUCGUCACCCUCCGACGAUGUGCUUCAGAAUUCGGCCACGGGCUUCCUCCAGGGUGUCUACCCCCCUGUCGGCUCGUCGGCGAACCAGACCCUGGCUAAUGGCAGCACUGUCGACUCUCCGCUGAACGGAUAUCAGCUGAUUCCCAUCUCUCUCACCGAGACUAAUUCGAACAGUGAGGAUACGGCCUGGCUGCAGAGCUCAACUGAGUGCCAGAACGCCGAGAUCAGCAGCAACAACUACUAUUCCUCGGCACUUUACAAUUCGCUACACUCCUCCACCCAGGACUUCUAUCAGUCCCUGUCCUCUUUGCUGAAUGAAACCUUCUCCGACUCCCAGAUGAGCUUCAAGAACGCUUACACGAUCUUCGACUACCUUAACGUUGGGUACAUCCACAACACCACCAAUGUCCCCACUGAGGAACAGCUCCAUAAGGCCCUUCUCCUUGCCAACAUCGAGCAGUACAACUUGGCCUACAACUCCUCGGACACCAUCCGCGCCAUCGCAGGUGCAAUCUUAGCCGGAGACGUGCUCACCGGUCUGAACGACACCAUCUCCUCCAAGGGCAAAUCCAAGUUGAACAUCCAGUUCGGCUCCUACGGUACUUUCAUGUCCUACUUUGGCCUUGCGCAGUUGCCCGCUGCGGACGUUGACUUCAUGGGUAUCCCUGACUAUGCCUCCUCCAUGGCAUGGGAGCUGGUGACCAACUCGACGGACUCCUUCCCUUCGACCUCCGACAUCAGCGUGCGCUUCGUGUUCCACAAUGGAACCCUAUCAUCCGGCUCGCCUACCGAGUACCCGCUCUAUGGCAAGUCCAGCCCUACCAUCUCCUGGUCGGAGUUCUCCGAGCUCUCGAGCAAGAUCGCCGUCACCUCGACCAAGCAGUGGUGCAGUGUUUGCGGCAACACCGAUGGAGAUUGUGCGGCCUACUCGACUAGCUCGAACACCACCACCACUACUACUUCGUCGAAGUCGGAGAGCGACGGUGGGGUCUCGAGGCCCGUGGCGGGCGUCAUUGGUGCGAUGGUGACUCUAGCGGUGAUCCUUGGUCUGGAAGCACUGUUGCUCCUGGCUGGUGGAUUCCGCAUCACCAAGAAGCGCGCUCCUGUCGCUGCUGCAGCUGCCGCCGCUGAUGCUGAGAAAUAAGCCCAUUUGUGGAUCUAGAUAUCUAGAUGCAGGAUUUGCAUUCUAAUGAGGGACGAUUUAUGGUAUGACAGUCGAAUGGGUGAUCUUCAUGCAGCAAUAAUAGCAUCCGCAGAUAAUGAACAAAAUCAUGCAAGAUUGAAAGCCGAUUUUCUACCUCAAGAAAACUUCCUCAUUCAUACCUUGAAUACAUCCACAUGAGGCAUAGAAAUCCCAAUCCCGCCUCUACAUGUAGACCCCAGUCAGAGACUUCCGCAGCUCUGUCGAAAGUUGUCAUAGUCGGCUUUUGGCUGAAUUAGCAGGCCUCAACCUGAAGCAUGAAAAUUGAGAUCAAAAUG